GCUCGAGUGUGGGAUGCGCAAAAAGACGGGAUGGGGAGUGGAUUAGGGUUGGUACCCCACACUUCGGGGCCGGGGCAGCAGCAUUAAAAUACAAAACAGAGUCCGGUUUCGAGUGAGCUUCAGUGAACUUCAGCCUGUACAGCGCUUUCUUGCUCCUUUCUGCAUUAAGAACUUGAUACAAUAUGCCUUCGCCUCUUGAGACUGACGAGCGCAAGGGCUUGCCUGCGAUCUCGUCUUCUACGUCGGACAAGAUCAAGUCGAUCGAGACCUUCCGUGUUCCGCCCCGCUGGUUGAUGGUCCGCGUCGAGACCGAGAAGGGGAUUGUUGGCUGGGGUGAGGCUACGCUGGAAGGUCACGCCGAAGCAGUCGAAGGCGCGUAUGAGGAUUUCCGUGAGCGGUUUAUUGGCUGGGAAGCUGCAAACAUUGAGGACAUCUACCAGUCUGCCUACCGUCAUCGGUUCUACCGUGGCGGUGAGGUGCUGAUGUCUGCGAUUGCCGGCCUCGACAUCGCGCUCUGGGAUAUCAAGGGUAAGACUCUUGGUGUUCCGGUGUGGCAAUUGCUGGGUGGAAAGGUGCGCGACCGGGUUGCGGUGUAUGGCUGGAUUGGUGGAGACCGCCCGUCGGAUGUGCUCGAACAGGCCAAGGUGCGCAAGCAGCAGGGUUUCACUGCCGUGAAGAUGAAUGCGGUGGAGUCGUUGGGCUGGCUGGCGUCGCCUGAUGACUUGAAGGCAACGGUUGAGCGUGUUCGCGAUGUUCGUUCGGUUGGAAUUGAUGUCGGACUCGACUUCCACGGACGCGUGCACAAGACGAUGGCCAAGCAGCUUGCGCGGGCUUUGGAGCCCUACUCGCCUUUGUUUAUCGAGGAGCCGCUCUUGCCAGGCCACACGGACGAGCUGCAGAAGCUGUAUCAGCAGACCACGAUCCCGAUUGCGCUCGGCGAGCGACUGUUUACUCGACAGAUGGUGCGACCGUAUCUCGAGACUGGCUCGAUCGACAUCAUCCAGCCGGACAUUUCGCACUCGGGUGGCAUCUCAGAGACGCACCGGAUCGCGACGAUGGCGGAGACGUACGAUGUCGGAGUCGCGCCUCAUUGUCCGCUUGGCCCUGUCGCGUUUGCGGCGUCGAUGCAGAUUGCUAUUUGCACGCCCAACUUUUUGAUUUGCGAGAUGUCGUGGAAGAUGCACUACAACUUGAAUUCGGAGUACGACCUGUUCAGCUACAUCAAGAACAAGGAGGCUUUUGAUGUCAACAAUGGGUUCGUUGAGGCACUCACUCUUCCGGGACUCGGAAUUGAAAUUGACGAGGCGUUGGUGAGAAAAGCGGCGAGUGAGCUGAACGGAUUUUCGUGGAGAAAUCCGGUGUGGAGAGGACCGGACGGAGGUAUUCGGGAGUGGUAGUCGAGUAAUAGAUUAGUAAUGCACGUGAUUUUAUCUUCUA